GCCGCGCCCGCCCGGGCCGCCGCCGCUGCCCCUGGCCGCGCCGCCCGCCUGGGUGCCCGCGGGGCCCCUGCUGGGCCCGGGCGCGCCGCGCGGCUGGAGGGACGAGCCGGAGCUCGUGGACUGGCGGUACGAGUUCUUCAGCGCGGUGCUCCGCCGGAGCCAGCCGCCGCCGCUGCACCGCCUGCCCUCGGCGCUCCGCUUCGCCGCGGGGCCGCGGGAGGGCGCUGCCGCGGGCGCCCCCGGCGGGCCCGCCCGCCGCGCGGAGGCCCACUUCGCGGAGUGCGCCGAGCACCGCCUCGCCGGCGCCGCGCCCCUCACGGUGGGCACCACCCACGCGCUGGACCUGGCGCGGCGCCUGCGCGCGGAGCCCCGCGCGCCGCCCCCCGC